AUGAGGACUAUUGAAACGACUUCUUUUGCAGCAGCAUCACUUAUCCUAUAUGCAUCUGCUAGCCCAGUGAUUUAUAACUCUAAUUCAACUAUUGAGCUUCAAUCUUACUCGAUGAAAGAGACAUUAGGCUGGACACGGCCAACAUUUCCUGAACUCUAUCAUACGUGUAACGAAACAAAUAAUCGCAUGUUGAAUGCUGCUUUUCAGGACUCUCUGGAAGCUACAGCCUAUGCCAAGAGCAGACUUCUAGAAUAUGGCAGUGACGAUUUCACUUAUAAAAGAUGGUUUGGAAACGGCAGCAUUUAUACCGUUAUGGGUGUCUUAGACAACCUAAUGGAAGCAUCUAAAGAUGGUGUCUUAAUAAGGUGUGAUGAUGCAGAUGGCUUAUGCGCUGCUAAUCCAGGGUAUUAUGCUGGCCAUCAUCGUGAAACAGCCCCUAUGGAGACUGUCAUCUGUGAUUACUUUUAUACUUCAAAGAAACCCUUGUCCAUGUUUUGUUUCGAAGGGGCGAUAGUCGAUGUAGGUCCAAAACAUUAUGCUGGUAUUGAUAUGCUACAUCGGUAUUUACAUAUUCCAACUAUCAAUGGUGAAGGAUACAUUGGUGAAUACGCAGAGGAACUUGAAGAAAUUGUUGAAUUAGCUGAAUCAAACUCAACGUUUGCCGUUAGAAAUGUCGAUAAUUACCUCUAUUAUAUUGCUGAUGUGUAUGGAUCUUCUGUAACUCCCAGUGGAUGCCUGGGCACUCUUUGA